UAUAUAUAUCACUAAUUCAAUUGUUUCAAUACUUCUACUGUGCUGUUAAUUUUCGAUUCAUGCUCCAGAUCAUAAUUGAUUCCAUCUAAUCGAAUACCAAAAUUUCAUAGUUAGUCUCCAAACCAAUUACUUCGUGACUUACCUCAUACAUUAAAACGAUCUAUUUACCUAAAAUGAAGCUCCCGGGGAUGUACAGAAAUUUAUGGAUUACGAUUUUAGCAUUUCGAAGUGUGAUUUUCUGCUUUUUCUAUGCUGCCCUACUAAUGUUACUUCCAAUUAUGGUGCCUGGUAAGCCAGCUAAAGGAGGCUAUGUUUUACUUCUUAUGACUGGUUUAUGGGUGACUGAAAUCAUACCGAUUUACGUGACUGCUCUAAUCCCAUUGGUGUUUGGACCACUACUUGGAAUAGCACCAGCAUCAACUAUUUCUCCCUCCUAUACAAGAGAUACAAACAUGCUGUUUUUCGGGGGUUUAAUGAUGGCGUGUGCAAUAGAAAACAACUAUGUUCACAGGAGAGUUGCGAUUUCAUUUUUAAAACUUGUAGGAAGUGAUCCAAAAAUGCUUAUGCUUGGCUUUAUGUUACCUAGCUGGUUUCUGUCUAUGUGGAUGAGCAAUACGGCUACCACAGCUAUGAUGAUAACAAUUGUGGAUCCACUAUUGAAUGAUUUAGUGAAAGUUGAAGAAGGGGAUGAAGACGAACAUGACAACAGUAAUGAAUUAAAUUUGAGUUCAGUGAAGCCUGAAAUGAGCAAUGGACAAGAUUCUCAGGUAUCAAAUACCGACUUCGUGCAACACCACCAUGUUGUUGCAAAAUCUGAAGUUUCAAAUGAGCAGUCGAAAUUAAACCGAAUGAGUAUUGGAUUCAGUCUCAGUAUUGCUUAUGCAUCUUCAAUUGGCGGUGUAGCAACAAUCAUAGGUACCCCACCUAACUCAAUACUUCAGGGGACUACCUUAAAUCGUUACGGUGAUUCAACUGGUCUGAAUUUCGGUACCUGGAUGGCCUACGCACUUCCGCUUUCAGUCUUUAUGUUCCUGAUCGCCUGGAUUUGGCUUAUCAUUUUGUUCUUCGGUCCAAAAAGUUUGUGUACGUUUAGGCAGUCGAAAAGAAGAAAAGAACGGUUAGCCCAUAUACUAAAAGCAGAACAAGAGAAACUUGGAUCGAUCAAAUAUUGUGAAAUACUGUCUGGAGCUCUUUUCCUAUUGCUCACAACACUAUGGAUGACGCGAAAUAUUGGGUCGUCAGGAUGGGGAAAACUUUUUGUUGACCCCUCUGAUCCUAAAACAUCAAAAUACAUAACAGACAGCACCCCAGCUAUCUUAAUGGCUAUCUUGGCAAUGAUCUUACCAGCAUCUAAUCCAGUUAAACUUUGGAAACAUUGGAGACAUUGUUACAAAACUAAAACUGAGCCGGACCCAGAAAUUACCCGUGUCCUUCUACCUUGGAAAGUAGCAUUGGUGAAGUUCCCGUGGGGUGUAAUUUUGGUGGUCGGAGGAGGAUUCGCGCUCGCAACUGUAAUGCAGGCUUCUGGUUUGACGAAUGUAAUUGGAGCAUAUCUUGGUGAACAUUUGAAAUACAUUCCAUUUACGAUGUUAAGUAUAGUCUGUACACUUACAGCAGGAGCGAUGACUGAGUUCGCAUCCAAUUCAGCUGCAGCUUCAAUUAUUUUACCCAUUAUUUUUGGAUUAGUAAGUCAGUCAGUUGGUUUUUGAUUAUUUCAUAAACGGAAUCUUUACCAUACCUUUUCAAUCAGUUUUCUGUCUUUUUUGGUAGUUAGUUAUUAUAUUAUGACGAACAGGAUCAAUUUCAGUCAGUAUUAUUUAUUAUCUAGUCAGUAUUAGGGAAUUUUAUGGUUUACAAGAUAGGUUUGCAGUUUUCUUUCGCCGUAACACUGAACUCAGUUCACAAACAUUUAAGUACAUUUCUGUUAUAUGUUUAUAGUUCUAAGUGGUCCAACCGAAAAGACGGUAUUAUUUUUAUUCGUCAUAAAACAAUUAACAAAACAUUACACCACAAAGUGCAACAACCGAAACUUCUCAUGAAUGUCUAGGUCGGCAUUGUUGCGAGGUAAGAUAUCAAAUUCCUUUCAUGAUAGAUGCUGAAAGUGUAACCGAUAUCUAACCAUUGUGAUCUUAAACAAGACCCAUUAACAGUCACAUAUUGUCUUAGACAUUUUUCUUUAAAGGACAUGAUAUUGACUUUCAAUAUUUAUUAUUUUUAUCUGGUACUGGUUGAGAAUAUAAUUCGAAAUGAUGGAUUGUUUUUAAUAGAAGUGAUUAGUUGAGUGGACUUGAAUACUACUAAAUGUUACUGUCCUCAUGUAUUCAUCUAAUGCAUAUUCAAAACUGUGAUUUCUUAAAACCAUAGAAUGACAUACGUAAGGUCCCGUGUUUGUCUGCUUACCUCGUUUGGGUAAUUCAGUGAAUAAUUUUCUGUCAUCUGAAACCAAAAACAAUAGGGAAUAAUGUUUACAGAUCUUCACACAUGCAUCUGGCUGAUUAGUUGCUAAUGCAACAAAACAGCUAACCUCGAACAUUAUGCUGACCAACGCUGUAUGUAAUAAAUGUAGGUCAGCUUAUGUUUUAACUUUCAGAAGAAGGUUAAUCAAUACAUGACUAAGAAUAACGAGAAAGGGGAUUUCGUUUUUAGUUUUGUUUUAGGUUGCCCAAAGAAAUGCAUUUUUCCGUCUACAUUUGACGAUGUAAAAUGGCAGUACAUAACAUUAGAAUAUUAUUUGUAAUCGCAGUAUAGGUGAUCAUGACUUUAACCUAUUAAAUAUCAGGAUCUGUCUCGCCACAUUUUAUCUCAGAUGACUAUCAUGGAGAAAUGGCUUUUUUGUUAUACUGAGCAGUUAUAAAGUCCAAAGUUCAUCCUGAAUUAUACUAAAAAGGUCUAUUUAUAAAUAUAUUCCGAAAAAUUCUAGGUAACGUAUUGUGUUUCAUCACACUGAAUUAAGUAUUUUAUGAAAAAUUGAAUAUACUUGACUGUCGAUAUUACUAACUACAGCAAGCUGUCUUUUGUUUACUAUUAUCAUAAUUGCCAGAGUGUCUAAACUACAGAACAGCUGAACCAGAUGAUCUAUGUCCUAAUAAUUACAGUUGUUCUAAUACAAAAAAAUUAUUUAUUGCAGUGCGAGGGACUUGCGGUCCAUCCA